AAAGCUUUUGGAGGGCGAGGCACGCUGGGAAGCUUUGCAACCAAUAGUGUGAGAGAGUUAACGGGAAUUCAGUGGUGUUUGGUUCGCUAUACUUCCGAGAAUUUGAGUUCCCAUUUAACAGGUUCAGUGGGUCCUGGGAGCCUCAUCGCUCUGUUAAACACAGAUAUAUUGUAGGCAGCCAUCAACGUACAGUUUUCGCCUCCUGUUCCGUUAGAAGACGUUCAAUUAACAGCUAUCACCAUGGCGUACCCCGGAUACGGAGGAUUUGGUGGCAUUAAUCCACAAAUGCAGAUGAUGGGACAGACUAUGGCACCAAAUGUACAUGGAGGCUUCUUUGGCCAACAUCAAUAUCAACAGGCCGAUCCAAUGUGGGGGUAUUUCUCUGCAGUGGCUGGUCAGGAUGGUGAAAUAGAUGCUGAAGAACUACAGAGAUGUUUAACACAAUCUGGAGUCCAUGGUACCUAUACUCCUUUCAGCUUGGAAACGUGUCGAAUUAUGAUAGCCAUGUUGGAUAUUGAUCAUACUGGCAAAAUGGGAUUCAAUGAAUUCAAAGAACUAUGGGGUGCUUUGAGUGCUUGGAAACAGAAUUUUUGUACCUUUGAUCACGACAGAAGCGGAACUGUGGAACCACAUGAAAUGAGCCAAGCCAUAAUGGCAAUGGGCUACAGACUAAACCCUCAGACAGUGAAUACUGUUUUGAAACGUUACAGCAAGAAUGGCAGAAUCUAUUUUGAUGAUUAUGUUGCAUGCUGUGUGAAACUGCGAGCAUUAACAGAUGUUUUUAGAAGAAGAGAUAGCAUGCAGCAAGGAGUUGUGAGUUUUUUAUAUGAUGAUUUUUUGCAGUGCACAAUGUCUGUUUAGAGCAUUUGACUACAAUCAAAUCAAGAAGAAUGGCAUUGAAAUAUAUUCGAAGUCUUCUAUUAGGAAGGAACUAAGUGACCCUGCUGUGAAUUAUACAAUUACUUGUUUUUGUUUGUUAAAGCAUUAGUCUGUAUAUAUAUAUAUAUAUAUAUAUAUACUUUGACUUAAGUGCACAGGUUACACAUUUACUGGUUCUUAUGAUUAAAUAUUUACCCUAAUCCACCUUAAGGACAUAUCCAUAAAUAAAGCACAUGUGCUCCAUGACUUUCCCCCAGAGUACCAUAAACAUGUUUUAUCAUAAUUAAUUCAGGAGUGAAAUAAUCUCCAUAGUCAACUUGAAGAUGACAAGUCUGUCCUUUUUAACAUUUCGUAAUUUCUAUGCAGGUGCCUAAUUUUUCUAUAUCAUUUUUAUUGAUCUUCUAAUGUAGUACAUAUUGUGUUUGCAGUUGGAGCUUAACAAUGUAAAAUUAUAUUAAUAACCUGCCAAUGAUCAUAUAUGCUUAUUUAGCUUUCAUUAGCCAUGAAAAUGCAGAAUGUAAUUACUAGUCUUUUUUUAUUAAUGCAAUAUUUUUUUCCCCUCUGGAUAUGAAUUUUGUGAAAAUGUUAUUUUUUGCCCUUGCAUAUGUGCCAUAUAUAAUUUUUUGUUUUUGUUUUUUGUUUUGUGUUUUUUCUUUUUUUCAUACUGAUUUAUUUGGAACUUUUAUGCACAUAAAUGAAGUUUUGGUAGUACUUUAUUUUUGCAAAUUUAUAAAUGUGAACCUGUUGCUAUUUUAUAUACAUUUAGAUACCUGUAUUGACCAAUGCUUACAACUGCAGUGUGUAACAACAAUUCUAUUGUGAGAACAUUAAAACAUUUUUCUUUUAAUUUUUAUUAUCAUCUAGUUAAGCACUUGCAUUUAUAUUAGCCAGUUUUGUCACUUUCAUAUUUUUCAGUGUGCUUAUUUACUAUAUGUAGUAGACUUUUUUUUACAUGAACAUUUUGUGCUAAGUAAUGUAACGUAUAGCUUAAAUUAUUUAAACCAUUGUUAAUGACUCCUUUCUAUAGCAAAUAAAGAUAUAAAUGCAACCAUUGAAGAAACGAUUCCACCAUUAAAAUGUGGGAAAGUUG